GCAGAGAGUGCCACUGUGCAACGAGUAAAUAUACGUAUAUGUUAAAAUAAUAAAUAUAUUAUAAUCUAAAAAGCUUCCAGCGCUACUACUUAUAUGCGCGACGUGGCUCUCCUCAUUGGCAAAGCUUCCAAGUCACUAGACCGAUUUAAGAGUAGCUACACUAGGAGUUGUACAAACACAAUACUGUAAACAUGGUGCUUCUAUCUGCCGGUAUAUGUACCAAAAGCGGUAGAGCUGUGCUGGCAAGGCAAUUUGUAGAGAUGACACGUUCGCGUGUGGAAGGGUUAUUCGCUGCAUUCCCCAAACUUUUGUCUGAAUCCCAGCAGCAUACAUUCGUAGAGACUGACUCCGUAAGAUAUGUUUACCAGCCCAUCGAGCAGCUGUAUAUGGUACUGGUGACCACAAAGACAUCGAAUAUUCUGGAAGAUCUGGAGACUUUGCAUCUAUUCGCUCGUGUUAUUCCCGAGUAUUGUCGGUCCCUGGACGAGCGAGACAUUAGCGACAAUGUCUUCGAUCUAAUCUUCGCCUUUGAUGAGAUCGUGGCCCUUGGUUACAGGGAAAGUGUGACCAUUGCACAGGUGCGAACGUUUACAGAAAUGGACAGUCACGAAGAAAAGGUGCACCAGAUGGUACAGAAGAACAAGGAGAAGGAGGCCAAGGAAGAAAUGAAGAGAAAGAUGAAAGAGAUGGAAAGCCAAAGACGCGCCGAACGAAAGGGCCGUGGAGGGGCACCAAAGGGCUACGGCUCCAGCACUGGGUUUGGCUCAGGAAGUGGCAUGGGCCAGCAAGACCAGGGCCAAAAUUCAGGGCCACAACGGUCCGGCGGCUUUAAAGGAGGUGCAGGCUCGGGCGGCAUGGGGUCGGGCAUGGGGUCGGGCAUGGGUUCGGGUGGCGGUGCACCUGCACCCAGUCGUAGUACUGGUGGUGGCAUGAAAUUAGGGGGCAAAAAGGACGGGGAUGCGUUUUUAGGUCAACUCAUGGCAGAGGGUGUCAAUGUGGGAGGGUCCAUGGGCAGCAGUCAGGGUGCGCCUGUAUCGCUUGCCAGUGCCAAGCGCCAGGCCAGUCUCACUGGGGGUAUCCCUCAGUCGCAGGAAGCCGUUCAUAUCAAGAUCGAGGAGAAGAUUACCCUCACAGCGCUGCGGGACGGUGGUUUAGAACAGAUGGAAGUAAAGGGAGAUCUAAUCUUAAGGGUAGCCGACGCGGACUACAACAAGAUUGCACUCAAAGUGCUGGUGCCAGACCCCUCGGCCAAGCCCUUCCAAUACAAGACACACCCCAACUGCAACAAACAAUUGUUCGCAGAACAGGGUAUGAUAGGCCUCAAGAACCCUGGCAGAGGCUUCCCCGUAGGCUCUGAGCAGGGUGUGCUCAAAUACAGAUGCGCCACCACAGACGACAGUUUGGCACCGUUGACUAUCAACUGUUGGCCCAAUGUUAAUCCUGACGGCACGUGCGAUGUGAACAUUGAAUACGAUCUCGAAGAUCAAGCACUGAGUUUGGAGAAUGUUUUAAUCUCCAUACCCAUGCCAAAUGGCAAGCCAGACGUAGGCAGUGUGGAGGGAGAAGCUACAUACAACGCACGAGAUCACACAAUGGAAUGGAGCAUCCCCAUCAUAGACGCGUCUUCACCGACGGGAAGUAUGGAGAUGAGCGCACCCGCCAGACACGCAGACGACUUCUUCCCUAUCCAUUGCACGUUUGUAUCAUCAACGACGUUCUCGGGCAUACAGAUAGAAGCGGUGAUAGGGGAAGGCAACACACAGACACCCUUCUCAACAGAGACGACCUUUUGCGUGGAUUCGUUCCAGGUGGUAUAGGCAGAGACCGCGUGCCAUGUCGCAGUGUGUGCUACAUGUUCAUGCUGCUGUAGGUAGAAGUAGGUAGGAGUCUCGCACGAAGGGAUCCUCCGGGGUGUAUAGAGGGAGGAACCGGGUAUGGCUGUACGUACGUGAGGUCAGUGGUAGGAUAUAGUACACGGGUAAGGUGGCUGUUAGGCAGUUGUGUAGGGGGUAGUGCCUGGUGAUGACCUGUCUUAGUCCCAAAUCGGUUUUAGGGUCACCUCCACUAAAAGCACUUCAUGUAUAGUAUGUAUAUUAUGUAUAGUAUGUAGUUGGGCGUCGGACAGGCAGAAGCCGACAAACCAAGAUCACCAAUGGCAUAGUUCCAAUAAAGCAAUCCUCCCUGUGUUAACGCGUUUCAAUCUGUUAGCGUACUAGAUAACAGCCGCCGUCUAUCUGAUCUGCGUAUACGUCCGACUUCUCAGGGAGGCUCCACAGGUACCCUUGGGUCGUUGUGAGUGUUUGCACACACACACUCGUGGUGGGGCUAUUGAGCGAGUACAUUUAUACAUAUAAGAAAUAAAUCACGGCAGAGACGCCGUAAAGACCAG